AUGGAGGCGGAGAAGGUCGUCUCGAAGGGUUCUGCCCGCGUGGGGCGACGAAGAACGGAGGGCGACUACAGUAUGGGGAGGCAGCUGGCGACAUCGGGUUCGACCCAUGCGUUCAGAGGAAGCCUGGCUUCCAACAGGCGGCACUUGCUGCCGCCCAGCCCCAGCGCCGGUGCCGCCCGGCCAUCUCGGCGACCCGACGAUGGCAGCUACAGCCCGGAGCCGGCGGUGCAUUCAGACACAUUCCAGCGGCGGUCCACCCUCCCGGCCCUUGUCGAUACGAACACGCAAGCAUUGAUGCUCGCCCGACAGCUCCAAUUGGACUUUCACGAAGUGAAGUUCGCUGUGGAGGAGUGUCGGGGGAGCGCCAAGCUCGCAAAUGGAGGCAUGGAUCUUGACAGCUUCCGUAACUUCUUGCUGCGCGUUUUCGACAUCAAGCAGAUCUCGGAUCACAUGCUUCAUGACGCCUACGAAGAGUGCCAGGCAGGGACUGGGCCGAUGAACACGCGGCGCUUCCUAUCUUGGUACCGGGACCAUAUGUUCUCACUGCAGGCCUCGCCGACAGGAGGUUAUGACAAGGGAGAUCAUCUAACACUGGAGCUUGCCAAAAAGUAUCAGUGCUCAUGCAUUGAUCUUGACAGGGUCAAGGCGCAGUUUGACAACUUCGAUCUCGACAAGUCAGGUGUCAUUGAGUACAACGAGUUCGAGAACAUGAUCCAGAAGUUGCUACACUGUCCCCGCAAAUCUGAUCUUCCACCACAUCGGAUGCAGAGAUUCUGGCACGAAAUCGACAGGGACAGAAAUGGCAGCGUGGACUUCCAGGAGUUCACGGCGUGGUAUCUGAAGUAUUUCGCAGCCGCUCAGGAAUCAGGACCGAUUGAGGCCUUCUAUGCUUCUUUCAUGCCGGAUGUCCAACGAGCCCACAGUUUAGAGGUGUUGGAGGCAAAGGUACAGGAGGAGGCCCAGAAAGAGAGGACCGCCAAGGAGAAGUUCCUGAUGUCAGAUGCAAAGCGCGAGACGCAAGCCCCUUCCACAAAGGCCUUUAGCCUCCAACUCUGGGAAGCCUUCAAGAGCUUUGCCCGAGUAAAGAUUAUCCUGGGAGGCAAGUCGCAGGGGUGCGUAACGGCGCUGGAUGCAGCGCUGACUUAUCCGAAGAGGUUGGGUGGCUUCAUUGGCUUGGUGGGACACCUGCUCUCCUGCACCCCCAUUGAAGAGAACGGCCCGCAGAUCCAAACGCCGCUACAUUUCUACCACGAAGUUGAGGACGACAUCAUGCAGUGGCAUUGGGUGUCGAAAAUGGAGCGACGCCUGCGAAGCUCCAACUACAAUGUGCGCUCCUUCCGAGGCAAAGAUCCCGAGGGCAACGGCCACUUUGUGGGAGGGGUCGAGGGCGCCUGGAUCAGGAAGUCGCUGAGGAUGAUCUGUGAAGCACGGAGUGGCUAA